UACAGCAAUUAUCGACAAAAUAGAAAUACCCCAAUAUGGAAUUGGGGAUUUCUGUACAUCUUCUUACUCCUCCCGCCAUUUCUACAGCGUAAGAGAAGAUAGAAUUUUUGCCUAAAAAUGAUUUAGUAUCUCAGUGAUAUUCUUCUUAAAACGUCACACAUAUUAGCUCUCUAGAACAAUGUCUUGGUGGGAAGGAAACGAAGAAACUCGUCUUCUCAUUGCACCAGAAUCUGGCUCUUCAACUGGAACUGGAAAUGUGGAUGGAGUUAUGUUAUCUCUUAAACAUCCUAAGUCAGGAAACAAGGCCUGUUAUUUCCUUAACAAUGGAUCUCUUCAAGAGCUUAAUUGGUUUAAACAAUCUUAUGGAUCUUGGUUCUUAGGAGAUUAUGUUUGCCAAGAUGGAGGCCUGUAUAUUGCUACUGCAAUCGAUCCUGUGUUUCUCUUUCUGCCCAUUUUUGAUGAAGCUCGACUGAAGAAGAAUGGAGAUCAGGGGAUGUUCAGAUCAGUAGACGAGAUACUCUUUGUUGAUAACUAUCCUGGAUACCGACACUUGCUCUCUAUUGCAGAGGAUUGUAUGCAAAUAGUUUGUGAAAUGAAAGAAGUCGGAUCUUCAAAGUUUUUCAGACUCAAUGAUUCCAAGGUUUUAGCUUGGAUGUGCCAUAAGGUGUACCAGCUAAAAACAACCUUACCCACACUGGACAAAAAUUAUGGUGCUCAGAGUGAGAAAGACACAUUGAUUGAAGCAGUCGCACUAUUAGGGGAGUAUUUGAAUGAAGAGCGGGUGAAGCUCUUGUGCAAUCACUUAAAGCUGGAUCUACGGCAGGCACCUGAACCAUCAUCUCAUGAAUUUGUCCCACAUUUUGUAGAAACUGCUCCUGCUGACCAGGCGAAGAACAAUAGUAACAAGAAAACAUCAAACAGCGGGAAGCAAGCCAAGAAGAUGAAAGCUGAGACAAAUUCUCAAAAUAUUAAAGACAUGUUUCGUAGGGUGACAAGAAGUGGAAAAUGAGCUGAACGAGAUCUGCAAUUUGUACGAAAAACCUGAAUCUGAGUCAUUGUAAACAGUGAUUAUUGCCUAUUUUUCAAAGUUACAUAGUAAAAUUAGGUAGAAUACAAUACUCUGUAUUACUGAGCGUAUUUAUUUUUCGGUGAGUAUGAUAACAAGUCCUAAUUAAGUUUUCAUUUAAUGAGGGAGAAUUCAUAGACAAGUUUAUUUUCAUAUUAGUAUAUUUUAUUAUUCGGACAUCA